AUGGUCUACCCACUUACUUAUCGUCGCCCGGCUCGCGUUUCCCCAGCCUCGUCGGCUGCCUCAUUCUCCGGCGAGAGCAAGCAAAAGUCCAUCGAUGAGUCUGUCCACUCUGGCAGCAGCGGAAUGUCCCACGGCAUCCCAGAAGCUCUUUCUUUUGACCGCAUCAUUGCUGGCGGUGUCUGUCCUCCUUGCACGAUCCGGGACUUCAUGAACUUCCUCAAAUACAUUGAGCUGUCGGCCGAGAAUUUGCAGUUCUACCUCUGGUUCCGCGACUAUAGCAAGCGCUUUGAUGAGCUUCCCGAGGCCGAACAAGUCUUGUCCCCCAAAUGGCACGGCGACAUGUCAAUGCAAAUGGAGAUGAAGCCCGCCAAUAAGCCCACCAACGCCGAGGCUGCAGCCAUGCUGGAGGGCUCCGACUUUGCAAACGUCUAUACGCCGCCUUCACAGAAAGUGGGCAGAAAUCCGUUCUUCACCCCCCCGCUCACGCCCACCAGUCUUGACAGACGGGAGGACUCUCUCGACUCGUGCGACGAUAGUAUGACUAUUGGCAAGGUAGAUCACGCUCGACGUGCUGCCGGUGCGUUUGAGAAUGCUGGUCUCAGGUGGAAGCCGCUCACCGUUCAGCCAUACCGCGAGGAAAUCAAUCGCAUCAUUUCCAUCUACAUUGCCGACGGCGGGUCACGCCAGCUCAAUCUGGCUUCCAAAGAACGCACCACCUUGCUCCAUGCUCUUCAGAACACCAGCCACCCAUCGGCUUUUCAAGAGGUCAUCACGACAGUGGAGUGGUCGUUGCGUUGCCAGGCCCACCCCAACUUCAUUCGCUGGACCAUAUGUAACGGCAAUCGUCCUCGUGUCCUAUUCGCCCGUGGUCUCGGGAUUGGCGGCAUCGUCGCUGGUUUCCUGGUCGCCAUCUUUCUUACUCUUAGUACUGCUGGCCGCGCUUGGCGAGUCUUGUCCAUGAUCGGUUUUUUCAUCGGCAUCUCUACCCUCAUUGCUGCGUGGAAGGGCAUGUGCGUCGUUCUUCACGGUAUGCACCACCGUCACCUACGACCGUGGGAGCUGUUCGCUUCGGACGAUGAGCCAGAGAACUACGACACCAAACUCGCAUCCAUGGACACACUGGGCUCGCAUGGCUCGAGCAAUUCAUGGGAGGAUGAACCCUGGGUCGCAAAGUACGAGAAGCGCAACGUGGUUCGAAAAAUCUUUGACCGUGAGGUUUGGAUCCAGGAGCCCGCUCUGCGCCAAAUCCAGGACACCAUCUUCGUUCAGGCCAUUGUCGGCGCACUCGUCCUCUCUGCCUUGGCUAGUGGCAUCUUUUGCGCCAUCCCCAAAGGCAACUACUUCUCAUAG